GUUUAAUUUCUAGAACCCUAUCUUUUAAUGGGCGAAUCUGCUCCGCUCCUUCGUUUGAGAAAGCUGGAGCAACGGCCACUGCCGAAACCCUAAUUCAUGCUGAAGCCUGCUUGAGAACGUCAGCGGCCUGACAGCGGCACUCGAAGGAUACUACAUGGAGAAGCUUGAGCUCCAGGGCAGGAGCGCCCCCCUCGCUGUCAGGCGACUCAGCUCCCCCUUCCCUUCACCAGCUUCGGCACAUGAACCAGCUCGCUGCCCCAGCUCUUCUCCUGGCAGAAGGAAAAGCAGGCGAAGUCUUCCAGCUGAGAUGGACCAUUUAGUGAGAAAGAGUCCUUCUGGGGCUGAUCUUGAUGGGGCUGGUUUUGUGAUUGAAAAGGCAGCAGGUGGAAAGGAGAGGGGGCCAACUGGGGAGGCAGGGGGGAGACAGAAUGCGGUCUGUCUUGCAGAUGUAGUGGCAAAGGGGUUGGCAGCGGUGUCAAAAACCGGUCAGGACACUUUUCUUUUAGGGGCCUCCGGGACCCCCGUCAUGGCGAGGAGUUUGAUAGAUGGGGUCACAUCUGCGGGCGUGCAAGAGGAAGCAAAGGGUGGGAACAGCCAGGAGUAUGCCGGUUCAGAUAAGCACACUGGACCCACUGUUCCUCAAGAGCAAGCAGAGACCGGGUCUAACGGUCCUGCAGUUGUCUCAGGAAAGCUGGUCACUGGUCUUGAGGAGCAAUUCGAUUGCUUGGGAGAAGAAGCAUCACUACGGGGAGAGUUGGCAAGCCAGCCACGUGCAUCCGCUAAGUCACCAAGCGAAGCGUCGUCAAUAUCUCAGAAGGCGAAUCCUCGGAAAUCAAACACAUCGUCCAACGCCGGCGACACUGCCGCAAAGGCCCCACUCUCGCCAAGGAUGUCGUCGCUCACAACUGAAGCAAAGGCCCGAAUGAAGGUACCAGCCAAACGGAACCCAACCUCAGAGCCCCGUACACCCGAACCUGUCCCAGUGAGCUCUCAGCCCCUGUCCCCGGCUGCCGAAGCGAAGCCCCGGGCGCAAACCCCGGGCAUUCGCAUGCACGUGGCUUCCCCCAACCAUCCCGGAACGUCUCCUACCAAGCACCCCCGGGGCGUUCUGACCCCACAACCAUUGCACCUAGCCUCGCUACCGAAACGCUCCCCUGAUCCCUCUGGCACUAUGAGCCCCCCCGGGCCUAAAAGUCCCCAGAAAACGCUGAGCCCCCGGGGCGCUCUGAGCCCCACUGGUGGGAUUCCGAGGGAUCCCCCCAGGGGGGCAAGGAGGAGCUCCACGCUGAGCUUGCCGGCUGAGGGCGAGACCGGGGCGGGCAGCCCGUCCACUUCGCCCGAGAGCGCGGCGCGGGCGGAGGCGCUGCAGCGCGCGACGCAGCUGCGGCUGGAGAAGUGGCGGGCGGAGCAGGAGGCGAGCGCGCUCAAGGCCAAACGGCUGGAGGACACCAAGAGGGAAGAGGAGCGGAGGCGGCGCGAGACUGCGCUCGAACUGAAAGAGAAGCGAAGGGCCGAGAUCUACGCUUUGAAUCACAAGCUGCGGGAAGAGGAAGAGCGGCGGGUGGACGCGUACCGGCGAGAACGAGAGCGGCGAGAUCGAGAAAGCGGGGCCGACGCUAAGACGACCGCCUCGCCGCGUCCGCUCGCACUGAAUAUGAGCGGCCAUCAUAUGGCCGCCUGAUUCUCUGUCACUUAAAUAGGAAGAGGUCGUCGUCGAUGCGGUUUCUAACGAGUCAACUGUAUCAUAAAUGUCGUAAGGAACUACUGCUACGAUCCUCCUAAUCGUGGUGCAGAGACUAGGAUGGGGCGCACCUGCAAGGGGUGCUGGAGCGCCCAAGUCGAGCAUGUUGCGCCUUAGGGAUGUAGCAAACGCGAGAUCCGACGGGACGGAACAUUCAUAGAAGGUACUAAUAAGGGGGGU